AUGACAAAACCUGUUCAAAAAGUUGCAAAACAACAGACAAAUAAAGGUGAUGACGAUGAUGAUAACUGGGGCAAUUUGUACGACAAGUCUGGAAAGAAACAGAUCAGACCAAAGAAAUCUGUCAAAGCAAUGAAAGUUGAAGAGAUUGAUGAUGCUGAAUGGGGAGAUUGGGAUGAUGCCAAAUAG